AUGUAUAGGCACCUAGAAAGAUUGUGGUGUAGAAUUUUUCAGCAUAAGUACCUAGAUGUGGAUGAUCCAAAGCGCAUACUCACGAUAGCGAAUUCUCAUGGGGGUUUGACAGCCUGGAGAUUUUUGUGGGAUGCUAGGAAAUUGAUUAUUAACCAUUUAACAUGGCGGAUAAAUAAUGGAAAGCUUGCGAACUUCUGGGCAAACUCUUGGAAUGGCCAUGACCAACUUGAUAAAUUGGAUGCCAUCUCGCCUUAUUUGAAGGAUUUGAGAAGGAAAGUUGGCACCAAAGUUGCAGAUUAUAUGAUCAAAGAAAACACUUGGGAUGAUAAAUUGAAAUGGUUCAACUUAUCAGAGUAUGGGCUGCCAAUGGAUAUUUGGAAUAUUCUCAAGGAAGAACUGGAUUGUAGAAGAAUCAUUCUUUCUAAUAGGGAGGAUGAAAUUAUCUGGUGUGGUGCUAAAUCUGGAGAAUAUUCAACAAGAAUGGGAUACCAAAUUCAGGUGCAGCUUGAGGAAAAUGGUAUUUGGUCAGAUAGAUUAUAUUGGGAUCCCGGUAUGCUACCCAAAGAUGGUGCACUCCUUUGGGUUGCGCUACAUAAAAGAUGCUUGACAGGGGACAGACUUAAUACAAUUGGCAUUGCAGGUCCUUCGAGAUGUGUUCUUUGCAAAAAUGAUUCAGAAACAACGAAUAAUUUAUUCUUGAAUUGUGAGUAUGAUUCCUCGUUGGAAUUGGUUACUUAA